AUGCGACUUAGCACGCACCUCGCGAGUGUGAUGGCUGGCUUAAGUGCCGUAUCUACCGGGCUAUUGAUCCCACUAGUAUCUUCGGGGCCCUAUAGCGUUGGAUUGAACAUUAAAACUCUCGUUGAUGAAUCCAGAUGGGAUCCAUACGCUCCAAUAGAUAUCCCGCAGAAGCGCCGUGUUUUGAUCUCGACUUUUGCGCCCGUCGAUACCCAGGAAAACUCUUGCCCGCAUGGAGAGGUCAACGUUCCGUAUAUGCCUCCCAAAACUGGAGACGUAUUUGGACGACAAGCCGAAGCCAUGGGUCUGCCAUCUGGAGUUUUUGAGGACUUGCAGCUGAAGUUUUGUCGACUCCCUGAUAUAAACCGACUCCAAAAACACGCUCUAAAGAAUGGAACCAAACUUUCAGUCGUCAUAUUCUCCCCGGGUCGGGGCGUGUCAAGGCUCAUGUACAGUGCCAUGGCGAGGUCGUUAGCAAGUCAUGGCUACAUUGUGAUCACAGUUGACCAUGCUUACGACGCCUCGAUCAUCGAGUAUCCAGAUGGGACUGACACAACUGACGUCGUUGGCGAAGCGAAUAAGACCGUUCUGGAAAUAUCAGCGAAAGUUCGAUCGCAAGACAUUAUGUUCGUUAUCGACCAAAUCCAAGAUAACGUCACAACAAGUGAGCUGUUUGGAUUAUCUCAGACUGGCAGCGUCUUUGUUUUUGGUCACUCAAUUGGGGGAGCCACUGUCGUGUCGACAUUAUUUAGUGAUCUCCGCAUCCAGGGCGUCAUAAAUCUUGAUGGCGACAUGCUUGGUCCUGUCGUCAAAGCCGGUCUUGACAAACCCCUCUUCCUCAUUGGAAGGCCUCACUCCCGCGAUCAGGGUCCAUCGUGGAAUGAAACUUGGAAUAGCCAGCGUGGACCAGGCAUGAUGCUGCAGAUUGAUGGUAUAACGCAUUAG